UAAACCGAAAGUAACAAAAGACGUCGAGAAAACAAGAAAGAACAGAGUUGAUGGCUGGCGUUGUGCAUUUUGCGGGAUGGUGCGCUGUUGAAGACAGCAAGACACUUUCAGAGGGUGAAGAGCCGAAAUCUGGCCGGGUUUACAUCAUGUAUCAUGGCACACACAUCGACAACGCUGAAAGCAUCAUCAUCAACGGCUUCAAACCGUCCACAGGUGGAAUGCUGGGCAGAGGUGUGUACACGAGCCGCAACAUCAGGAAGGCCAUGUGCUACCCACUCCGAACCGACAAGCGUGACCAGGUCGUGUUCAAGCUCAAGGUUAAUGUUGGGAAAGUGAAAAAAAUCAACUGCGAUAACCAUCCCCUGCGCACGACAUGGCACAACAACGGCUACGACUGCGCAUGGGUGCCUCCACACAGCAAUCUCUCGACAGUCAAAUCUGGCCGAGAGGAGGACUGUGUGUGGGACCCAAAACGCAUCACUGUGGUCGAUGUGGCAUGUUGUGUGGAUAAGGAGAAACGACGCAAGCUGCAUAACCUCAUCCGCACCCACGUACACAGCGGCGAGUGUCCAUCAUGCUACCAGAGCUCUCCAGACUUACCGCACGAGUUGAGGGACUGCUGGGAGUGCGGGAGCAGGAUCUGUCCAUUUGAAAAAGAGCAUGCAUGUAAGAAGCAAUAAUAUACCAAGUGAAAGGUUAGUUCCUUGCAUCCAGUCCUGACUCCUGGAGGGCCAGUACAGUGAAGUAUGCUGAACUAAAGGCCUCUCAGGGUUGGAUUUGAGGACUUCAGUAAAAAGUGUUUACCCUCAAGGUUACGCCUUUGCACUUUUAGUAGCCUACCUACUGUAGAAAGAUGCAUGCAGUUGUCUUUUAAAGUUUUACAUUUAAAUGUAUUUAUCCAUUUAUGUACCAUAAGUCUUUUAAAGAUACAUUAAUCCAUGUUCCCAUGUGAAAGAGACAUAUUUACAACACAAAAGGUAUACCAUAAGGUACUACCUCAUUGUUAGAAAAACUAGAGUUUAAAGGGCUGAUGACACGAACAUGACUCUAUGCAAUUUCUUAAAUAAACUAUACAACAUGGCAAACAUGUUAGAUUUCUGUUAUAUUUACGUGAAAAGAAGCUGUUGUUACGCGAAUAUCCAACUUUUAAUUGCACAGAGCAAGAAAACUGGGUCCGUGGCUCGCGGCCAUGCUGUGACGUCAGCGGAAGAACACGCUGCGGUUCACUGGCUGUUCUACUCAAUGGAAAUGGCGCAUGAAAACGCCGGUCUACUUGGCAGCUGGCAUCACAGUUCUGAACAAAAGAACAACCAAAUACUGGUACUUUAAGCAGUGAUCAUGAUGGCAUGAUUUUAUCUGAUUUUAAAUAAAUGAGAUUGAUAAUAAUGUGAAUGUUCACAACUAGUACAUACAAACUCUGCAGCUUCUGAUUCAGCAGCUGCGUCAUACUCCGCAAAAACAUCAGCAAGAACCUACAAUAUAAAUGGAAAUGCAAUACACUAAGCUCAAAUGACUUUUGGAAAGUAUAAUUUCUAAAUUUUUUCUACAUAUUCUUCAAGUCGGUCAUCGGGGUACUUGCUACCGUUCCCUAACAAUGCAUGGCAAAGGGUAAAGUGUAGUGUUGCUGCGAGUACUUGCUAAAGCCUCCGGUGGAAGAUCCUCGAUGUGCUGAUAAGACAUACAGUUCUAUAUAAACACACAAGUGUCACGAUAAUCACAAAACAGAUGCAAAUUGUUAAAAUACCUAAUUUUUAAGCAAUCAUGUAUUGAUCUCUUCCGAAUAGAAUCUAUGAUAGCCUACCCUCUUUACCCUUUGCCUCUCGUUGCUAGGCGGCAGUUACAUGAAAGCCGCAAGCUUUCACAAGCAAAUACAUGACUGAUAUCAUGCCGACUUUAUGAUUGCAUUUAUGAUUAUCAUGAAUGUGUACUCUAUGAUGUGUACUCUAUGAGCGCUCUGGAGCGAGUCACUUCCAAGAUGGCCGCGCAGACCGCAUGGUUACUAUUUUUAGCAUCAUGUCGGAGCACUCUAUAGCUCUAUGUACCUUUAUCUUAUGUCGUUUCUCAACACAUGUUCUGACAGGAGGACUGUCUUUGGAGGAGUCGCCUUGUCCCAGGCGACUGCUGGAUCCGGCAUAGCUACUAGUAGACCCCCUCCGGAAUACUGUAGGCACUGCUGAUGGUAGUAACACACGUUUGUGCUGAACUGAACACGCAAGAGAUUCUUUUAAGCUGGGAAGGGUGUCAAAACAAUCCAAAUCGAAGUGUUUAGAGCACAGGAGGGAUGUUGGUGAGGGCUCCCACUUGUCAGGAGUGCGCCUGACUUGCUUCACCCACUUCGCAUGCAGCUCGGGAUCUCUGGGAAACUUGAAUAAACUUACCCCAUCCUUGUGGGUUUUGGAGCAAAAGCCGGCAACACAACGCGAAGGCAUAAUAACUAUACAGUAUAUAUAUAUAAUAAUAAUGUAUAAUAAUGUAUAAUAAUAAUUAAUAAUAAUAAUAAUAAUGAUAAACUGAACACCUGUCGCAUCAACAACAAACUGCUAAGUUAGGAGGAAGAUUCUUUCACUGACGUCAUAUAGCCCCUCCUCCUCAUUCGUCUCCUGGGUGCUGCAGCCCCAUCAAAUUUGCCCAAAUAGCCGUGUUUUUUAUCAUAACUUGUAAAAUAUGCGCCUUCGUGAAUUAAUAUAUGGAUCAUCGGGAAUUACUUUUUAUGUUAUAAAACAUCGCCAAAGAUGUCAAAAACGUGUCAUCAGCCCUUUAACAGCUUUGUUUUUCCUUCUGAGAAUGUUGGUGGUCAGUUACUGGGGCAACUUAGACAAUUACACUGCUGAUAACAUCUCACAGACUCAACUGAUAAAAAACACAAAGGGUAUUUCUAUGAUUCAUCAUUUGCAGGUUACGUGAUAUAUUUUCUGUACAGCAGGCUGGAACUUCCUUUGUCUGUUAUGGUCAAUGUCUUUUAAUCUUUGAAAAUUUCUGUUAUUUACUUUAUAUCUAUGUUUUCUUUAUGUCAUGAUCAUUGAUGGAUGAUUAAUCACUGUGUGAACUAACCUAAUUAAAACAUAUAGCCUAACCAUAUAGGAAUACAUUAAAAAAGCUUGCCAGAAGGGUUCACAGAGCAUCUGAUUGAGACUAGAAGUGUGCAUCAAGACUGGAAUUCCACAGUAUGCAAAAAAAAAAAAAAAAAAUCACUCAAGCAGGAGAGUUUUGCUUUCAUAUUUUAUACUCGCUAAGGUCACUGUACAAAGACAACAUUCCUUUAUGAAUAGGAGACAUACAGUUCUUGGUUUAAUCCAUCAUCAGUGGUUUGCUCCACUAGUUCGAGUUAAAUGCUGCCUUAAUCAAAAGAUUUCUACCAUGUAUUUCUAUAAAUGCACAAA